CAUUGAUUUUCUAUUUUACAUUAUGGAGCAGAAUAUGGAUCCCCAGAAGUUUCACGAGAUUGACGAGAACCUGACAAGUACUGAUGUGGAGCAGCUGAAGUUUCUAUGCAUGAACCUGAUUCCCAUGAAGCGUUUGGAGACCGUGAGAGAUGCCAAAGACCUGUUCCUGCGACUGGACGAGCAAACACUGCUUGAUGACGAGCUACUUGUCCCCGAGCUUCUGAUCACAAUUGGGCGCCUUGACUUGCUUGACAUCCUGAACACUUCGAAAGAGGAAGUGGAUAGAAAACUGACAGAACGUGAAUUUCCUAGUAAAGUUGUCUCACCCUACAGAAAGAUGCUUCUUAAAAUAUCCGAGGACAUGACAGAAGAAAACCUUUCCUCUGUAAAGUUCCUUUCGGAUCUUCCAAGGGCAAAACUAGAACCAUCGACUUCACUACUAGAUGUUAUGAUUGAGAUGGAAAAGAAUCAGAAGCUUGGGGAAGACAACCUGGAUGAACUUUACAGUAUUCUUUGGCGAUGUGACAAAAAGCUGGCCUUUAGGAUAGAGGAGUUCCAGAAAAUGGGCAGAGGCCCAGAACAAGAGACUCACAGACCUCAUGAGGAACCCCAUUUACCCAUUGUGAACAUAGAGAGAGGGGAAGGACGGAGAAGAGACUCUUCUAUUGGCUCUGUUUCCACCGAUUCAGACACUCCACCCAGGCAGUCAGAUGACUAUUAUAUCAUGACUCAACGGCCUCUUGGACACUGUCUAAUCAUCAACAACUACAGAUUUAAAGAAAAUACCUCAUUGCGCAACCGUGAAGGCACUCAGAAGGACCGAGAGGCUCUUGAUGUCUUGUUUAAAAGAAUGCAUUUCGAGGUUGAGGUGCGGGACGAUCUGCAAGCCUCAGAUAUAAGAGAUGUGAUAAAGGAGUUUGCAGAUAAGAAUCAUGCUAAAAUGGGCGCUUUUGUCUGCUGUGUCCUCUCGCAUGGAAAGAAAGGCACGGUGUUGGGCACAGAUGGUGAACCGGUUGAAAUCCGUGAACUCACACAGCCUUUUUCUAAAUGCCGCACACUAGCUAGCAAGCCCAAGCUUUUCUUCAUUCAGGCCUGUCAGGGUGAUGUGGGCCAGAACGGUAUAUGGACCGCAGAUGGAGAAGUGAAUGAUACAGAAGAAGGACCAUUUGAGGAGGAUGCUUAUAAUCCAGCAUUGCGCAAGAUUCCCAUUGAAGCUGAUUUCCUAAUCGGAAUGGCCACAGUAGAGUACUACCAGUCGUAUCGCCACAUUAAACGAGGGUCUAUCUAUAUCCAGGAGCUCUGUAAACAGCUGAAGAAAUGCAGACACGAGGAUAUCUUGUCCAUCCUGACAAAGGUAAACCGUGAAGUGAGCACCAAAGUUUUGCAAGGCCACAAGCAGAUGCCUGAGCCUCGAUAUACCCUCACCAAGAAGCUGGUUUUCCCAAUGAAUGAAACUGGCCAUGUCAGCAACAAUGAUCAGAAAAGUCAGGCUACCAAGAAUGAGCAAAAUAAGGGCAAAGCAUCAGAUAAAUCACGAAGAAAGAAGGCUGUAAAGAGGAAAUCACAAGGAGCCAAAGAAAACCAAUCUGUUCAAAAGAAUAUUUCACCUAAAAAUAAAAGAAAGCGGGAGCCCCUUCAAGCCACCGGCAAUAUUUCUGACCAUUACCCUAAAAAGAAGCAUGCAGUGACAAAGCACAAUGAAUUUUAUUCCAUGUCAAACAGACCUUGUGGAUAUUGUUUGAUCAUCAACAACUAUAACUUUGAGGGUUCAUCACUUAAAAACCGGGAAGGGACAGACAAAGAUAAAGAUGAUCUUACCAGAGUGUUUGAGAACAUGUUUUUCAAAGUAGAUGUGCGGGCCGAUUUGCAAGCCUCAGAUAUGCAAAAUGUGAUAAAGGAGUUUGCCGAGAGGGAUCACUCUCACAUGGAUGCCUUUGUCUGUUGCAUCCUCUCCCAUGGAGAGAAAGGCUCUGUUCUGGGAAUAGAUGGAAAACAAGUUCCGAUUCAUGAACUCACACAGCCUUUUGCAGAUUGUCGCACCCUAGUCAGCAAGCCCAAGCUUUUCUUCAUUCAGGCCUGUCAGGGUAAUGAGGCCCAGCAAGGUGUGUGGAUGCCAGAUGGACCGGAGAGCACCACAGAAGAUGAAACUUCUACGUUGCACAGUGUUCCUUUAAAAGCUGAUUUCCUAAUCGGAAUGGCCACAGUAGAACAAUACCAGUCGUUUCGCAACACUAAAGACGGGUCUAUCUAUAUCCAGGAGCUCUGCAAGCAGCUUGAAACUGGCUGUCCAUGCAAAGAGGAUAUGCUCUCAAUUUUGACAAGGGUGAAUCUAGAAGUGAGCUCCAAAAACUAUCAGCAUUUCAAGCAGAUGCCUGAGGUUCGCUACACUCUAACCAAAAAACUGGUCCUUCCCAUGAAGCAAACUCCUUUUAACAGCUAAAUGUAAUAUUUGUAUAAUUUAUGAUAUGUUAAUAAAGCCCUCCUGUUCCUUAUUAUGCUGGAUCCAUAGAAGAUCAAGUCAUAAUGGUUGAUAACCAUUAGUUAAUAAUUUACAUAAUUUACAACUCCACUGCUGUAUUUAAAUAAUGCUGGCCAUAUAACGAUUUCUGUAUUUUUCAACCUGGGACCCACGUGAACUGCAUUGAUAUCGACAUUGCCGCAAACGGUUAAUAAACAAACAGCAAAUGAUGCGUUUACUAAUGGCUUGCUUUCUAUGGCUCCAUCUUUCAGAAAUGAAGACAGCCAUAAAUAUAUUAGUAUUGUAAUUGUACUGUUCUGUAUAAUAAAAGUCUUUUUUAAUUAAUUGAUACAACUACUUCGUAUUUUACAGUACAGUAUUAUUGGAAUAGGAAUAUAUUUCUUUUUAAUUUUUAUAUUAAAUAAAAUUAAAUUAGGGUUAGGUUUUCAUUCUUUUUUGUCUUUACCGGAUCACAUGCCUGAAUACAUUUUGUAAAGGUUUUUUAUAUUUGAUUGAACAUUAAUAAGUGAUUACUCAUCUAAAGGAAUUGAUGUCUUUAGAACAGUGAAUGGAUGUUUAGUAGUUUCAGUUAAAUGUAUUGUAAGUUAAAACAACUGCUAUACAUAGCAGUAUAAUCAAACUCAAUUUAUGCUGACAUAUUUUAUCCCCUAAAGUGAUAUUAAAUACUCUGUAUAGUCACUAUGGCACUGGACACAAACUGCCGUUUUAGCUAUUAUUGUGUAUUUACAGUAUAAUUACCAUGGCCGUUCUUGUCCCUGCCUGUGGAAAUGUGUUUUCUGAUGCCUACAUUUGACAUACAGUAUACUUUUCUGUUGGUCUUACCCAAUGGCAUGUUUCUGUGUUGAUGAAUUUUAUUUUAACUUGAUAAUGUCAUGUGCAUUUCAUUGAAUAUUUAAUCAGGCUUUUAUGUAUUUAAAAAUUUUAAAGACUUUUCAGAUGCAGUUUGCAUGCACGGUUUGGAUAAUAAUAUGCACAUAUCUGGAAAAACCCUGUGUUUUAACCACAAGUUUGUCAU